AUGCUGGAGGAAGAGAAACAACGAAGUGAACAUAUGGAACGAGUGCUGGCUGAGCUACAGCACAAACUCGGCCAUCGUCUUGAUACCGUGCUAGAAGACGAAGCCGCCGACGAACCAUCAGAUGAGCCAGAAUUUGAUGAAGUCGUCGACGUGAAGGAAAAUGGCGUCAAUGUAAGAACGCAGAACGCUGGCGGGCGUCGUGACGGUGACACCACUUUGCCGAACGGUGUUGUGGACGACGACGACGAAGAAGACGACCCUGAUGACCCCGAAGCAUGGAGAAAAGACGACUUUCUCAUGGUCUCCACCCAAUCGAUU